GGUUUGAUUUACUGACACAUAGACAAAGAACAUCUGACUGUACAUAAAUAAUUACAUAUCAGAUCAGGCAUUAGAAUUAACACAGUUACUUACAUGUUGUUGCAUUACUGUCGAGUCCAUAUCAUAAAAGUCAGUUUACAAAGCCUGCGCUGAAAUGCGAUUGAUUUACCAAAGAAUCCACAGUGAAAUACUGAAUACUAAUAAAUAAAGCUCAACUGAAACGUUCACAUUGUUGAAAAUAAAUAACCAUAUUCCUAGAAUGAGGAUCCUUUAAAAGGUAAUGUUAUAGUCCUGUAUCGCUCUUCUCUCCUCGUCAUCUCACUAACACGCCAGUGGGCGGGGCUAACGUUGCAAUGAUGAAGUAGCCAUUGAUUUCUUCUGCAGAGGCGGCGUUUUACCUAUAGAUAGGCACAUUCCAGGAUCCAUCAUUCAAUGAGCCUGGUAUCAGUAAAAGCUUUUAUUGGACUAACAAGGAAGUUUUCAGUUCUGAAACUUACAGGAUAUUCUUAUAGUACGAUGACCUCUUAUAUAUCAAAAACUCAAAGAAAAGUUGAUUUCUCAAUUCAUGGCCCCUUUAAUAUUUUCAAUAAUUUACUAUUCUUGACAUCUUUUUUUUUUUCUUCAUAAUUUUUGAAAUAGAUGAACUGUUAAAUGAGAGAUCUUAAGAUUAGACCCUGUAUGCAUUCAAUUUGAUUUAUUAUAAACUUGACAGGUGAUUUUUAUAAAAUGUAGUUUGAUCUUCUCAGUUGUUUAAAAGAUUUAGAAGAAGGCAAUUAUCCAAGUUUGAUAAAAUGUUUAAUUUUCCAAUAAAAGAUUAUUAAUUUUAACAUGAUUUGUGACAUUAAAUUAUCGCUUAGCAGAUUUUGACUUAUAACUAAAAUUACCUUCAUUCUAUUUAUCUUCAGUAAAAUCACACAAUGAACUCAAACAGUUUGCCCAUUGUCAGAGUACUGUCACCCCGUUCUUAUGAGACAGUAUUUGUCAAUCCUAAUAAUGUUAAAAAUGUUUAAAACGUAGAUGAAAAACAGAGUCUUAAAAUCUCUAAAACUAAAAAUCUGCACUUGUCUGACUGGUUGGAUCAGCAGCCAAGUGUGCGCUUUGAAUAACUUAACUGUGUGUUUGCCUGUUGGUAUGUGGACACACCUGUUUCCAGGAGGUCUCCACUUCAUAGUGUGCAAUACGCCACAUUCUCUGCGGAAGAGAACUGAGACAAAAAACAUCGGGGAAAAGAAAAGGACAGACGAGAGGUUCGUUUUUAAAGGAGUAUCUAUGUUUACUAUGUCAUUUCCUGGUGAAUUCCUGUCAGAGGAGCAGUUUACCUGUUCCAUUUGCCUAGACGUCUUCACCAAUCCUGUGUCCACACCCUGCGGCCACAGCUUCUGUUCAUCAUGCAUCACUUCCUACUGGGAGGGCCAGGGAAAAAGCUGCUUCUGUCCUCUGUGCAAGGAAAGCUUCCGCAAGCGCCCUGAGCUCCACAUCAAUCACACGCUCAAGGAGAUCACAGAGCAGUUUAAACGGAUGGCAGAGACCACGAUGAGCGCACCCAGAAGUGCACCUGCUGAUUUACCCUCCAAUCCUUUCUCUGCAGCGAAGCCUGGAGGGCAGCACAGACCGGUAGCGCUACCCAGUGGGCUAUUGCCAGAGAUGAAGAGCCGCUUCCAAAGAACAUCAUCCAGUGAGCUUUUGGCAUCCCAUGAUGCUUCUUCUCUGCCUCCAGCCAAGACACCUAAACGAAACUUUAGCGUGCAUGGAGUGAGUGGAGCAGGUUCCAAUGGGCCACAGUGUCCCAGGCAUGGGUAUAGUUUGGAGCUGUUCUGCAAGUCUGAUCAAACAUGUAUUUGCACAAUAUGUGCAGAAAGGGAACAUUACGGGCAUUCUGUGAUGGAGGCCAAGAGAGAGAUGAAUAUUAAGAAGUCCCAGUUGCGUAUCUUGGAGGUGGAGCUACAAGGAUUGAUCACAGUCAGAGAGAAGAAGAUAGAAGAGAUCCAAACAUCACUUGCAGAAAUUCAAGUGAAUGCAGAGCGAGAGAAAGCAGGAACAAUGAGUAUGUUUGCUGAGUUGAUGAAAGCUGUUGAGAAGUCCCAGGCUGAACUUCUGGAGGUGGUGGAGAUGGGACAGCGGGCUGCCGAACUGCGCUCUCAGGCCUUUAUACGUGAGCUGCAAACAGAGAUCUCAGAACUUAAACAAAGAUGCAGCAACCUUAACCAGCUGACCCAAUCCCAAGAUCAUCUUACCUUCUUCAAGACAUAUCCAGCCUAUAGUAGUUUACCUGUGACAAAGAGCUGGGCAGAAGUGGCCUUGACCCCUGACCCCACUGCAGGGGCAGUGCUGAGAAAUGUCACUCAGAUGGUAGAGGAGGUUCAGGAAAGGCUGAGGAGACUGUCAGCGAUCUGUUUGUACACUUCCACGGAAAACUCACAGGAAUUACAUCAACAAAAGGUGUGGAGAGCGCCGGAAUAUGCAAUGGACGUGACCCUAGAUCGAGACUCAGCCCAUCCACGUCUGAUCAUCUCUGAGGAUGGUAAGCAGGUGCGCUGCAGUGACCGCUACCAGAUGGUGCCAGACACACUCGAACGGUUUGACCGUGUGGUGUGUGUACUUGGCCGCCAAAGUAUCAGCUCUGGCUGCCAUUACUGGGAGGUCUUGGUGGGUGAGAAGACGGAUUGGGAUUUGGGCAUUGCCAGCCGCUCUAUCAACAGGAAAGGAAAAAUAGCUGCAAACCCAGCUAAUGGAUUUUGGUUCCUAAGUUUGCGUGACAAGAAUGAAUAUGUCUUUCGCACAGAACCAUCAACGCCUAUAAACAUAACCCCAAAACCGCAGAGCGUCGGUGUGUAUGUGGACUAUGAAAAAGGUCAAUUGUCCUUUUAUAAUGCGGAGACAAAGUCACUGAUAUUUACAUUCAUAGACACCUUUACAGAGACUUUAUAUCCUUUCUUCAGCCCAUGCACCAACAAAUCUGGCAAAAAUGAGGCACCCCUUAUCAUAUGCCCUGCCUAUUCAGCUGAUCCAAGCUGGCUGACUGAAAAAUGACAGAAUAGUGGUAUGAAAAAAAGAAAUAUAGCUCACAGGUUUUAUUUUCUUUAGUUAUAUUUAAUUCCAAUCCAAAUGAUAUUUUUUUUAUGGUUUUAAUUUACAAUUCAUGUGAUCAUUUCAUUGAUUUCAUUGCUUUAUAUAUAUAUUCAACAAAACAUUAAACAGUUCAUCUUUAUAGAUUUAUGAAAGGUUUGAAAUUGAAAUUUAAUUUGACACUGAAUACAACAUUGGGUGCUGAUGUUAUAUGUAGUUAUAAUUGUAAAAUAACCUCCCAUUUAAUUUGUAUUUAGCUUAACCAUGCAUUAAAAAUGUAUAAUGUUCAAAUAUGUGUUUGGUAUGUUACAGUAAAACAACAAUAAAUGUGAAUAAUAAUAAAAGUUAAAUCUGUAUACAGUA